AUGCCUGAAGAAGAAGAAGCUAACAGUUCUGUCGGACCAGCUCGGUCCAGUUCCGACACCGUCACGACCAUACACAGUUUCUCAAGUAUCCCAGUAGAAGAUGAUCAUUUCAGUUAUGUCUCAGGCAUUACUAUGGAUGACGCCUUGGCAGCCUCCGAUCGACUAACCUUAUCAGACCGACACCAGUAUCGGCUGGACCCAAGACUCCAUUCUCUUCGAGAGCUGGAAAGGGCAUCCGAUCAAGCCAUGGGAAAGUGCUUCGAUGAAAGUCUUCGUUUUUCUGAUCGCACGAACGAAACACUUCGUCUUUCUGAUCGUACGAACGAAAGUCGGUUCAGCGGUGCAUCAGAAGGAGCAUGUACACAGCUCUGUCCUUUGCCUCGACGAAGGCUGUCCAUGAGCUACCGAUCGGCAUACUCGAGAUCAUCUUCCAGCAACUUGGAGCACCUUCAUGGCUCUUUGGACAGCACCUACUCGGAUCAUCAAGAGUCCGCCUAUUGCAAUUUGAGUCGAAGCAGCUCCGUUGACAGUUGCUUAUCUCAGCAAACGUCAUGCUCGGGGGAUGUGGAUUAUCGCACCUCCGAGACAUGGAAUCAUAGCAGCUGUUUCCUGAGUGAAGACAAGCUGGAUCUUAGCCAACACUUUGAUGAAAACGACGAGUCGCAUAGUUCUUUUGAAGAGUCGUUGCAUGGCGGGGUUCUUGAUGGCCCCGAAUACGAGUUACCCCUCGGAGGCGAGGACGAGAGCAGGCUACCUAUCUCUCACGAAGACACUGCACCACGGCGCAACUAUCACAGGAAAGGCAAGAGUGCCCCUUCAGCCUAUGGCUACAGCCGCACUGGAGUGUCGUCGCAGUCUUUGGACCUGCUCGACGUCUUUGGAGAUCGAUGUACCAGAUCUCACUAG